AACGUCACCGCAAUAGAUAAAAGUCUGGAUCUUAGUGGGUCUACGAAAACUUUAAAUAUUACCAACGGAGUAGGAUCUUACUUUUUGGUCAUCGGGGAUGGAGACGGUGGAGAGUAUUAUUCCGCGGAUUUUGAUGUUACUGAUGAUACCGAUACCACCGACACGGAAACAACUGAAGAAACAACUGAGGAUAGCGGAAUAUCCGGCGGUACCAUUGUAGCCAUCUUCUGCUGCGUACUAUGCUUCGCGGGCACCGGGCGUGCCAUUGGACAAUCGAUCAGGCAAUCGCUACGACUUUCCUUUGUGGAAUACGUCGAAAAGACCAGUGACACAAUAAGCAAAGCGGUUGGAGAGGCCGUGGGAAGGUCGGUGGGGGAGACCAUGGGCAA